GAGCCCAAACGUAUCCUGCUUGUCGAUCGAUCACCUGAUUAGGUCGAUCAAUCUAUUUAACCGAACCAAUCUUAAGAAGAGGUCUUGGUGUUGAUGGGCCGAAAACUGUUGUUCGAUGGGCCUUAUGGAGGGGUGCUAAAUCCAUCUCCAACAUUCACCGAUCCUUUAACCACCGAUCUACACUUCCCUCAGCCUCUAAGAAACUCCUCUUCCUCAGGAACCCCACUCCCAGCCCCACGAUCGUGGCCGGUGCCAGAAACCUUACUCCGACGGCUCAACGGAACCCACGAACCACGCCUCAAGGUGUGUGUGAGAGAAAAGGAUGGAUCAAUCAGGGGAUCAACGGACCUGAAUCCAAACGGAAGAAAGAAUCUUGGAAGCUUAAAAGUUAUGGUAGUCAGAUCAAGCGUGACAGUACUAAGAAGCUGGUAGUUCUCAAACCUACGGUCAAAGAAUCUACUGGUUUCCAGAUGAUCGCUGCUCCAUCUGCGCCAUUCAUUACUUCUGUGGCUCAAACUCAGAGCAGGAAUGCGUUUUAUAGUGCUUUGAAGAAGAAGACAUCUACAAACAUCUCAAUCUCAACUAGCUCUAGCUCUUUCAUCCUCUCUUCUGUCGAGGAAAAAACAGAUAUCUCUAAGGAGCUUGUAGCUAGUAACCCUUCAAGUGGGCAGGCUGCAGAAAGAGAUGAUGGUUUUGAACCGGCAGACCUUCCAGUUCCAGAUGAAGAAGAGGCUCAGUUCCUUAAAUCCCUUGGGUGGGACCAAAAAAAUACUGAGGUAGAAGCCCUUACAGACGAGGAAAUCCGAGCCUUCUAUGAACAGCACAAGGAGGUGAAGCCAUUACUGAUGAAAAAGCUGCCUAUCAUUACUGAGGCGUAACUCCUAAUCCGUGAUCUGAUUUUGAAGACAGUUUCUUAUUUCUCUUUUCUUAUUUUUUUUUGGUGGUGGAGGAGGCUUCAGUUGCAGUAUGAGUGUUGUUCUACUUCUUCAGAAAAGCAGCAAAAUUGAGUAUUUGUAUAUCUUUUGGUCUAACCAUAGUUGUGUUCUUCAUAUUGACCACCACAGUUUCACCAAUCAUCA